AUGAGCGCGACAGCUGAAUUGAGCAACGUCGGCCAUACGAAGGCCAAUGGAGCGGUUCCAAAGACUGUUCUAAAUGAUUUAAGUCCUGACUAUGUCAUGAAAGUUGCGUAUGAAACGGACAAAGAAACGAAGUCUCCGUCUGCUGCUGCCCAGAUGGAUCUGGCAAGAUUGGUGAAGACUCUCGAUGUUAACGGGUUUUCCGUCAAUGUUCGUCCAGACACAUUCAGCACUAUUCUGGUUUUCAUCAAGCUGAGUGAUGACUUAGUGAGCAGACUGGCGAAGAAUAGCCAGGCCAAAGACUGGAUCUACGGUGUCACCAGUUCCGAGAGCGAUUCCAUUUCAGUUGCCCAGAAACUGAGACUCAUUUACGACAAGUUGACGGGACCCAAGUCGGAAGGCGGGUGCGAGAUCACCAUUGGUGAAGGCAAUUGGAAUUUUGUCACAGCAGUUUUGCCUCUUGCCAAUUAUUCGCAGAUCAUUGCCGAAAAAGAGAGGGCUAGGGCCGGCCUCUUCAAAGGUGCUUUUGACACUGCCCAAAGUGCAUUCUUGCUGGAAAAUUUUGGCUCAAAAUAUGCAUUCUACUUUGGCUUUUUGACUCACUACUUGAAGUGGCUGAUGGUGUUCUCCUUGGUUGGAGUUAUCUCCAACAUCUUCUUCGGUAGAUUCUCAAAGGUCUAUGCGGUUUUCAACAUUGCUUUCGCAGUCAGCUUCUACCUCUUCUGGAAAGUCAAGCAAACGUCGCUGGCACGUGAAUGGGGCGUUGAGAACGUUGGUGUUGUUGAAAUUUCGCGUGCAUCAAAUGCUUCUCCUGAUCCGGAGUACAAGACUCUGUUCAAGGCGUUCCUGUUCACUCCGGUUGCUCUUACAUCUGCUCUCACCUUAUUUGCCUACCAAAUGGGCUGUUUCUUCAUUGAAAUUUUCUUAACAGAGCUAUAUGAUGGUCCUGGAAAAGGGCUGUUGGCAUUGGUUCCUACGAUUUUGCUCUCCAUCAUUGUUCCCAUCGUCACUAUCGUUUACACAAAGGUUGUGAACAAGUACCUGAAUUUCGAGUCCCACCAGAAGAAAUCCACUUUCCACUUCUCCUACAUCAUCAAGUUGUUUGUCAUCAACUUCCUCACAAGUUACAUGGCAUUGAUCAUCACUGCGUUCAUCUACUUGCCGUUCGGCUACCAGGUCAACCCAUACUUGACCCAUUUGGGAAACCAUGUGCACAACUAUGUUUCUCCAAGAAUCUCUGUUAGGCAGGAGAACUACGAGAUCAACAAAUUGAGACUGAACAACCAGUACCAGUUUUUUGUGGUCACCAACCAGGUGGUUGGAUGUGGGCUUGAGUUUGUCUUGCCUGUUGUCUUGAAGAAGGUGUUUGCAUUGCCAUUCGUCAAGUCCUUGACUGGAGCCAACAAGGUGGAAGAACCUGUUCACAAGGAUGACGAAAACGAGGCCGAGUUGUUGGAGUAUGUUCGCAAUACUUUGGCACUUCCUCCUUUGGAUAUCAACGACGAAUACCGCCAACUGGUGCUUCAGUUUGGUUUCCUAGCUCUUUUUGGACCCAUCUGGUCGAUUGGCCCAUUGGUUUCCACCAUCAUCAACAUCAUCCAGUACAAGCUUGAUUACCUCAAGCUGCUAGGAUCUGUUCGUACUCCCAUUCCAGACAGGGCUGACGGGAUCUAUCCAUGGGAUGGAAUCCUGAAGUUCCUGAUCUCUGUUGGUUCGAUUGUAUCAGUCGCUAUUACUCUGUUGUACAACCACGAGAUUGUGUCAUCUGCUAGUCGUCCUGGUAGUUCUUCCAAGUGGUGGUUUGUUGCCGGAGUCUCUUUGGUGGUGGAACACAUUGUCUCUUUCGUCAUCUCCACGGGUGAGAAGGUCAUCAGCACAUAUCUCACUCAAGGCAGUUCCACCUUCCAAUUCAAGAGGGAUUAUGCUAAAAAGAUCCACGGUGAAUCUCUGUUCAAAAAUGCUCCUUCUAAUGCCCAUUCCAAUGAUGUUGACGAAUUGCUGAAAUCUGCCUCGAACUUGCCUCAAACUUUGUUCACCCAGAAGAAAGUUUCAGAGCCAACUCUGGCUCAGGUCCAAGCGAAAUUGGUUGCUGAAUCUGAAAUGUACAACGGAAAAUCUACUGUUACUGAGAAGAUCUCAUCACCUGCUGAUUCUGAGCCUGUAACUCCAAGAGGUCACUCAUAUGCUGCAUUGGCUCAGUCUACAGUAGCCACCUCCACGGCUCCUCCAAAGACUUCUCCUCCACAGCCUCCAGUCACAUCCACUCCUGUGAAACAGAGAACCGCAGUCAACUCUACAUUGGAUCCAAAAACAUCGCUCACUGGCGUGGCGACCGCUGUUCCUGUUGCUGUUGCUACAGCUGUCCCACAGACUGCUGAGACUGCACAUACUCCAAAGGACAAUCUCAAUUCGGACGAUAUCGUCACCGCAACGCUCCCUUCUGGGUUUGACCUCCAAAAAGGCGACAGAGUCAUCACGGUGCCUACUCCAGACGGAAAUGUGGUUCAAGCCGUCAUCGACGAUAACAGCCACUUCACACCUCCAGCUGACUCUUCGUUUGCUCGUUCCGUGGAUGACUCCGACGCUUCUUAUGCAAACACCACAGCCGAUAGCGCAAACUUGAGUUCCUCGAAGCUGAAGAAGAAGAAGAGCAAGAUGGCACUCAAGUCGAUUUUCAAAAAGACUAAAGAAUAA